GAUCGUCCUGAAACAUCCGGUUCAAGUGACGUGUGAGCGCAAAAUGGGGUACAAGCGAGCUGAGGGCGUCAAGGCGCAGCUGCGCCACGCGCGUGUGAAGUUGAAGCACUUGGUGGAGGCGGCUGGGGCGCUGCGCGGCCUCAGCGUCAACCGGGCGCAGGCCUACCUAGCGGACGUGCUGGCCCGACGCCGGUGCGUGCCGUUCCGGCGCUUCAAGGGCGGAGUUGGGCGCUGCCGCCAGGCCAAGCAGUUCCGCACAGUCCAGGGGCGCUGGCCCAUGAAAGCGGCCCGGUGCCUGCGGGGGCUGCUGCGCAGCGCGCUGGCCAACGCCGAGCACCUGGGGCGGGACCCGGACGAGCUGAAGGUGGGGCUUGUGCAGGCCAAUGCCGCGCCCAUCGUGACGCGCAAUACCUUCCGCGCCCACGGGCGCAUCAACCCCUAUCGGACGCACCCCAGCCACAUUCAACUCGUCCUCACUAGUCUAGUGUAAGUCAAUGAAUAAACGCACCUGGCAAAA